GGGCUAUUCCUCUCCAUGUACUUGAUCACCAUCUUUGGAAACCUGCUUAUCGUCUUGGCCAUCAUCACGGACUCUCACCUCCACACACCCAUGUACUUCUUCCUCUCCAACCUGUCCCUCAUCGACAUCUUGUUCUCUUCCACCACCGUCCCCAAGAUGCUGGUGAAUCUCUGGACUCGGAGCCAAGCCGUCCCCUUUGCGGGCUGCCUUGCCAAGAUGUAUGCCUUCCACCUGUUCGGGACCAUGGACAGCUUCCUUCUGGCUGUCAUGGCCAUAGAUCGGCUCGUGGCCAUUGUCCACCCUCUGCGCUACUUGGCCAUCAUGAGCCCCUGUGUGUGUGGGCUGUUGGUGGGGGGGGCCUGGCUGAUCACCAACCUCCAGUCACUCGUGCACACCUGCCUCAUGGCUCAACUGACCUUCUGUGCUGGCUCUGAAAUCCCUCACUUCUUCUGUGACCUCAUGCCCCUGCUGAAGCUCUCCUGCUCAGACACGCACACCAACGAGUUGGUGAUCUUUGCUUUUGGCAUCGUCAUGGGCAUCAGCCCCCUCGCCUGCAUCCUCCUUUCUUAUACCUGCAUCUUCUGGGCAGUCUUCAAGAUCCCUUCUGCUCAGGGCAAGUGGAAAGCCUUCUCCACGUGCAGCUCACACCUCACCAUGGUGUCACUAUUCUAUGGUACCAUCUUUGCGGUGUACCUGCAGCCCGCAUCUUCUGCCUCCUCCCAGAAGGACAAGGCAGCUGUCCUGAUGUGUGGGGUGGUCAUCCCCAUGCUGAACUCCUUUAUCUACAGUUUAAGGAACAAGGACAUGAAGGUGGCCCUGAGGAAGCUGGUCGGCAAAGCAGCCCCCUCUCAGUCCUAG